AUGUCAAAUGAAGAAAAACAACAAAUUGAUGAAACAUCUGUUACACCAUGGAAUUUAGCUAUUUAUUAUCGACGAAUUUUUCCAUCACAUAUUUAUUGUAAAUGGCUUGCUUAUGGAGAACCUGCAUCAAGUUUACAAUUUGCUCAACGUGAAUUUAGUUUUACACUUGAAAAUGAUGUUUAUCGUCGUUAUCUUUCAUUUUCUAAUCAUAUGGAAUUUGAAAAAGAAUUAAUAAAAAUGUCUCCAGAAAAAAUUGAUAUUGGUGCUGUUUAUUCAGCUAAACCAAAAGAUCAUAAAAUGUUAUCUACAACACAAUUUUAUCCAAUUGAACGUGAACUUGUAUUUGAUAUUGAUAUGACAGAUUAUGAUGAUGUACGAUUUUGUUGUCGUGGUGCUGAUAUUUGUUCGACAUGUUGGACAUUAAUGAGAUUUGCUAUGCAAAUUAUCGAUCGUGUAUUACAUGAGGAUUUUGGAUUUGAACAUCGUUUAUGGAUUUAUUCUGGUCGACGUGGCGUUCAUUGUUGGGUUUGUGAUCAAACAGCAAGAGAAUUACAAUCAAGUACUCGACAAACUAUUGUUGAAUAUAUAACUAUUCUUGCUACUGGAAAAGAAUCAUCGAAACGUGUUACACUUUAUUCUCCAUUACAUCCAUCACUUCAACGAGCUCGUGAAAUAAUUUUAACUGAAUUUGAUGGAUAUGCUUGUUUAAAACAAGAUUUUCUUGGAGAUGAUCAACGUAUUGAACGAUUUAUUCGACUUGUUCCUGAUGAUAGUCGUCAAACAUUACGAGAAAUAUUUUCUCAAUUAACAACAUCAGCAGAACGAUGGGCUGCUUUUAAACAACAUACUGAUGCAAUGAUUAAUUCCGUAACAUCGACUACUAAAUUUCGUAAAGCUGCUUAUACAACAUUAAUUGAUGAAAUAAUGUUUGAAUAUUGUUAUCCACGUCUUGAUGCAAAUGUAACAAAAGGAAUGAAUCAUUUACUUAAAUCUCCAUUUAGUAUUCAUCCAAAAACUGGUCGUGUAUCAAUACCAAUUCAUUUAGAUUCAUUAGGAUAUUUUGAUCCAUGUAAAGAAGGUUCAGUUCCAAAAUUAAAUGAAUUAUGUCAACAAGUUGAACAAUUACCAAAACAAAAUCAACAAAAUGAUGAUGGAUUUAAUGAAAAAAUUUCUACAAAACAAAAAGAUUAUAAUCAAACAUCUCUUAAACCAUUUAUUGAUAUAUUUGCUCGUUUUGUUCAACAAUCACAAACAAGCAAACAAAAUGAAACAUUAGCUAAAAGUGAUCUCAAUACAAUGUUAUCAGGAGAAAUUUAA